AAUGGAUAUGGACACCGUCGUCGUAGCGCCGCCGUGCCGGUGCCGGUGCCGAUGAACACACCUUCUUUUCUGAAAUUUCUCAGCUAGGAGUACGCGGAGGGCAGGUGUACGAGGACGCGACGCGGUUUUAGCGGGAAGAAAACAGGCAAGGUCGGAUCCCGUCCACGACUCGCGCGCAACGACCUCCCUCCCUCCCUCAGCUGCCAUCACCACUCACAUGGACUUCGGGGUCUGGACGCAUGCGUCUGCGUGCGAGCGGUGCUUCUUGGACUCCGCCCGCCCGCUCCGCCGUAUCCAUCUCAUCUUCCCCGCCUCCUUGCUCGCUCGCUCCCUCCCUCCCUAAUCCAUAUAUAUAAAUAUAUUCAGGAUUCAGCUCUCCAUUGCCCACAUCAAUCACAAAGCACACACUGUAAUUUCCUCUCGUCGCGUUCAGCAAAUCCUCCAAACCCCAAUCCCAACUACCAAGAAAAGAGAAGAGAAGAGAACCUAGCUAUGACUCUGCGAUCGCCGCCAGGGGGGAUCGAUCGAAAUGCUGUCUCGCCGAAGCUCCCAAACCCCAGGGACCUGAGGGACGCCGGCAUCGACAUGCCCGUGCGCUCGCCCAAGUUGCUCAGGAGCAACUCGUCCAAGAAGGUUGCAGCGGCGAGCAAUCUCGAGAGGGCGCUACUCAGCUUCAAGACCUAUGAGGCGGACGCGGCUUGCGGCGGUGUCCAUGCCCCGGAUGCUCGCGCCGGCGUCCCGUCGUCGCCCGUCCGGCGCAUCCACGGCGCCAGGCCGGGACGCCUCGCGCUCCAUAGCCCCAACACCAAGCAGACCAUGACCAUGGCUGCCGCCGCUAACGUCGUCGCACCCCUUGCGGCCCCAAACCCAAGGCCCUCCGAGCUGGAGAUGGAGAUGACAUCCUCGUCGUGCUCGCCACGGCCCCGCAGCGAGCUUCUCCUGGACGAGGCGGCCACCAAGGUGCAGAAGGUGUUCAAGGGCCACCGCACGCGGCGGAGCCUGGCCGACUGCGCCAUCGUCAUCGAGGAGCUCUGGUGGAAGCUCUACGACUCCGCGUUGCUCGACCGCAAGUCCAUCUCCUUCUUCACGGGGGAGAAGCAGGAGACUGCGGCAUCCCGGUGGGUCAGGGCUGCCAAGCGGAUCGCAAAGGUCGGCAAGGGCCUCUGCAAGGACGACAAGGCACAGCAGCUCGCUCUCCGACAUUGGCUCGAAGCUAUCGACCCACGGCAUCGGUACGGCCACAACUUGCACCUGUAUUACGACAUCUGGUUCCAGAGCUCCAGCACCGAGCCAUUCUUCUACUGGUUGGACAUUGGAGCCGGAAGGGAGGUCCAUCACCCAAACUGUCCAAGAAGCAAGCUGAACUCACAAUUGAUCAUGUACCUCGAAAUGAACGAGAGGGCUGCCUACGAAGUGAUCGUGGAAGACGGGAGGCUAACGUACAUGCAGAGCGGGGCUCUCGUGAACACCACUGACGACUCCAAGUGGAUAUUUGUGCUCAGCACAAGCAGGUCCCUCUACGUGGGUCAGAAGAAGAAGGGGCGAUUCCAGCAUUCCAGUUUCCUAGCUGGUGGAGCAACAUCAGCUGCUGGAAGACUGGUUGCCAAGGAAGGCGUUCUGAAGGCCAUCUGGCCAUACAGUGGCCAUUACCUCCCAACCGAAGAGAACUUCAACGAGUUCAUCAGCUUCCUGCGGGAGAACAACGUCGAUCUCACCAACGUCAAAAGAUGCUCGGUUGAUGACGACGAGUACCCGUCGUUCAAGAAGCAGACCUCGGACGAGCCGUGGCCAGAAGAAGCAGCUCAUGAGAAGGCCACAGAGGCGGCAGCGCAGGGCGAUGCUCCGGACGCAAUGGCACAAGAAACUGAGGCUCCCGAGGUGGACACCGUGAGCCGCGCUUCGCUCAAGUGGACGAGCGGCGCCGGCGCGCGCAUCGGCUGCGUCCGGGACUACCCGGCCCAGCUCCAGAGCAGGGCGCUGGAGCAGGUGAACCUGUCACCCAGAGUGGCGGCGUCGACGAGCAGGGUGCCGAUCCCGUCGCCACGGCCGAGCCCGCGGAUCAGGCUGUCGCCGCGGGUGCAGUACAUGGGCGUGGGCGUGGGCGUGGCGAGCCCCAGCGUGCGGCCGCUCAAGCAGCAGUGCCUUGGCAUCCGGACGCCCACGGUGCACCUCACGCUGCCCACCAACAACAGCAAGGGCAACUGAAUCUGUCUCAUACUGUCCUUCUCUUACACCACAGAGGCAUAACAACAGUUUUGUUUGUCCUAGCUAGCGUUUACACUGAUCUGUUUGUUUUAAAGUUUUUUUUUUUGGUUCCUAAUUUGACCUCAAAGUGCCUGCCCUGUAAACUUGCGUGUACAAAUGUAAACAUGCAUGCACAUGUGAAAAGUGCGAUUUCUACAGACUAAA